AUGCUCUCCGUUCAACCACAACAACAAGCCUCCGGUGUUGCUUCUUCUUCCUCUGCUUUACCUGAACAAAUUGCUGUUUACAAGUACAAGCAACUCUUGUCCGAAUUGGAGAAUGCUAAAGGUACCGGAACCAGUGUAAUUACCUUAUUGAUCAGCGGAAAGACUUCCAUGAAUCAGCAGUUGAAAACUCCUCCUAAUGGAUUAGCUGUAUUUUGUGGUAUGGUCAAUCCUCAGAGUGUUCCAACUUUAUUUGCCAAUGCAAAUACCGAGACAAUUGGUAGUAGUAGCAGUAGUUGUAGCAAUGAAGGUGUCGAAGACUUUGAGGCGGGUAGUGCUGCUACUUCUACUCUCAAAAAACUAUUCAUCAUGAUUGAACCUCCCUUGAAUCCCAUUAAGAGUAAUUUGUAUUAUUGUGAUGACUGUUUCCAUGUGGAGCAAUUGAGAGAACAAUUGCAAGAUUUUACUGCUGGUAAAAAGUAUGGUGUGAUUGUCAUUACUGGACAUGGAUCCUUGUUUGGUACUUGUCGUGGAAACACUCAGAGUAUUCUUUAUCAAUUCAGUGUGGAUUUGCCGAAAAAACAUUCCAAGGGAGGUCAAUCUCGUGAACGUUUUGCCCGCAAUAGAGAGAUUGCCAAGAAUGAAUACCUCAAACAAAUUGCUGAGAAGGCUAAUUCCUUGUUUAUUUCUCAAGCUCUCAAUGCACCCAAUGUUGAUGGAUUGGUUUUGGCUGGCUCUGCCGAUUUGAAGAAUGAAUUGAUUUCUCUCAAGUCUGAUGUUCUCGACUAUCGAUUGAGAAAUAAGAUUUUGAGUAUUGUCGAUGUGGCCUAUGGAGGUAAGGCAGGAUUCUACCAAGCUAUUUCUCUUGCUCAAGAAGCAAUUCUCGAUGCCAAAUACAUUGAAGAAAGAGAAUGUAUUGAAGAAUUGUUCAAUUUGAUGGCAAAAGACAACAAGGUCGCUGUUGGCUUGGAUGAAACUAUUUAUGCGAUUAAUGCUGGAUGGGCUGACAAGCUUAUUAUUUGUGAGACUCAAAAUCAACUCAAGAAAGUUACCUUUGCCGACGAUACUGUCAAGUACAUGAGAGAAAAAGAUUUGAAGGAUUAUGUGAAGGGUGAUUCCUCCUCCUCAAGUGUUGUCAAAGUUGAAAGUUUGAUUGAUUAUUUGAUUGACAAUUAUGAAAAGCUUGGAAUUAACUCAUUGCAACUUGUCUCUUCAUCCACCAAUGAAGGCAACAUGUUCAUGACUUCCUUCGAAGGCAUUGGCUGUAUCUUAAAGUUUGAUGUCAAUGUUGCUGCUCUUUUGGCUGAAGAGAAUGGUCUCAAUGACCACACUUUCGAGAACAAUGCCUUUGAUGAGGAUUUGGCUGAUUUCUACUAA